AUGGAUCUCGCCAGCCUCAUCUCCCACCCGGGACCUGCUCCCAGACCUGCUCCCAUCUCGACCUUCCCGUCGCGAGCCUCCUACAGCCCCCGCGCGGGCCCCUACAAGCGCUCCAUUGAACACACUUCGGACUCCUACUUCACCUCCUCCGUCCCGACCUCCUACACCCGCUCCCCGCAACCACCGCUGUCGCCGCCGGUCGAGGACCACUCCCCCAAGUGCUCUCUCCCCUCCAUCUCCACUCUCCUGGAGGGCGCCGAUGCCGCGUCGAUGCAUGCAGCGAAGCGUACUCGAAUGACCCCCCCAGUGCAGCUCGACACUCGUCCGCAGCCACAACAAGCAUAUGACUUGAAGUCCAACGGCCCCCAAAUCGCCCUGCCACCAACACCCCCAUUGCGCCCCGGUUCGGGCUUCCACAGCGCCGGCCACUCCCCCGCCUCCUCGAUCUCCGCCACUAGUGAAGGUCAUGCGAUGAAGCGUUCCGAGUCCUACUCCCAGGUGCCGGUGGCUCUGGCCAGCCCGACGGACCGUUCGUCCAUCUCCAGCCAGGGUUCCGUGCAGCAGCAGCAGCAGCAGCAGCCCGUGUCUAGCGCUCCCUACGCUUCUCCCGCUCCCAGCGUCGCCUCUUACUCCUCCCCCAUCGAGCCCUCUGCCUCGUCCGCCAUGUACUACCAAAGACCGACCCCCACGACCACCUACCAGUCUGCUGGCAAUGUGACGCCCACUGCCGCGCCGGUCCCGGCCCCGACCCACCAGCAGAUGAUCUCCCCCGUCACCCCGGCCUGGCAGCACCACCACUACUUCCCCCCGUCGAGCACCACCCCCUACCAGCAGAACCACGAUCGAUACAUCUGCCGCACCUGCCACAAGGCCUUCUCCAGACCCUCCAGCCUCCGCAUCCACUCUCACAGCCACACGGGCGAGAAGCCCUUCCGCUGCACCCACGCUGGCUGUGGCAAGGCUUUCAGCGUGCGCAGCAACAUGAAGCGUCACGAACGCGGUUGCCACAGUGGUCGCCCGGUUGCCACCGCCAUGGUAUAA